GUACUUUGAGCGCGUAAAUCGGUUGACAAGACGGUACAAUUGAAUAAAACAGCUUGAAGUCCGCAAACUGAGUCGUUCAACACGCUUUCAACCAUCUUCUUGUAGAGUACGCCAGUUGAGUAUAUGAGCCACAUACAAGAUUGACGAAACAAAGAGGGUUACGGAUUUCUUCGUUUUUGCUUUAAAAGCAAACCAUUGAAUGGCCAACAACAUGAACAAAUUUAAAAGUGGCUACCUAUGAUCUCGUUAUGGAUAAAUUGCGAUUAUUGUUUAGUCAGCUUACAUCCCUACUCCCAUCAUCUGACUUCUCCGAUCCAGACCCUUGUAUUCGACUUCGUGAAGGAGUUGAAGCGUAUGUACAAAAGUCUAAUGAUGAAAACUUACUGUUUGAUCUUAAUGGCACAGAAGUUCAUGAGGCAUUUUAUUUGUGCUGUCUUAAUUUUCUGCACGCUUGUAAUGACUUAUAUGAAAGCAAUGCAGCCAACGAUAGCGCUGACAUCCCUAUUUUCAGUGUGUUUCAGGAAAAACAAUUGUCUUCAUGCCUUCAAUUUGUUGUCGCAUAUGGCGUUUAUCCGCUUUUAGAAACCGGAGUUUCAUUGCCCUUAAGUAUGCGUUUGGAAAAUUAUGAAAAGUUCAUCUGUCCUCGGAAGGAAAAAGAUGAAGAAAGAAUUGAAAAACUGAUGAAGAUUAUCAAGUGUUUGCUUUCCUUGAGAGAGUCUAAAUCUUUUCAGUUACAACGAUUAGUCAGCACCACUUCAUUUCUGGGUGAUUUAAUUGCAAGUUUAUUUCAAUCUGCUUUCGGAAUGGAUUCAUAUUUACGAAGUAAUGAUUUCACUUCGGAAAGAGUUUCUUCGUUAAUGGCAUACAUUCGUGAAUCUCGAAAAAUUCUUUGGAAACUGUUGCUUGAGCUACCACGUCACAUUGCAAUGAAAGAAUUAAUGAUUCUUCAAGGUGGUACACAAAUUCGUGUUAAGGGAGCUGUUCAGUUACCCAAAGCACCAAUCUGGUUACGUAAAUCUUGUGGUCGUUUACUAUCCCGUUUGUUGGUCCAUCCAGUUGUUAUAAAUAAUACGAACGUUGAAAAAUCUGAAAAUGCCCACAAUUUAGGUGUUAGAAGCUUGUUACUAGCUUCUCUGUCUCUUUGUCCUGGGAUAUUACCUUCGACUGGUCCGAUCACUUCGAUUGAUCCACGUAUUCAACCAAAAAUGAUUUCAACAUUGGCGAAUAUUUUGACAACAAUCCCCGAAUUUCUUCAUAAUUCCUCGGAUGAUUUGGCCAGUAGAUCAAGUUAUGAAAAAUAUUUUUCAUUAGUUUCUGUUCAGUUGUUAGAAAUAAUCAAUGCCAAGAAUAAUACCACGCCGAAUACUCAAACGGAUUCAUUAGCUGUUGCUCAUUUCUUUUAUAAUGUUGCCAUUAAAUCGGUUCAUGAUUUAUGCCAGAAAUCUUCUGAAAUUAAUGGUAAUGAUGAUAAUAUUGGUAAAAAAUUAUUACUUUGGCCAUUGAUUGGGUUAUUAAGAAAAUUUUGUCAGAUAUCUUCAGUUGUCUCAGAAAAAGAGUUAGUAAAGGAUAACUCCUUGGCAUUUGAUUUUACCACGAAAUGUCAACUUGCCUCACAUCAUGAUCUAGCUCGGCUACUAGAAAUUAUAAAAGAUCUGUUGGAUUGUCCUGAGCCAUCUCAAAUUGUUAUAACAGAAUUAUGUAAAUUGUCUAGACCAUUAUUUAUAUUGUUUGCACAAACAAUUGAAGAUGAAGAUAACGUUAAUGAUUCAGAAAGCUUUACUUCACUCAAAGAAUGCUUAAUCUGGAUUCUUACUCGUCUGUUAUCUUCUGAUUUGAAUUCCCGUCUCAAUCGUUUGUCAUUAAUACGUAGUUGGUUUAAUCUACCUGCUCCAUCCUUGAAAUUUAUGCCAUCAGAACUACAACAUGAAGUGUCAAUUAUGAGUAGCACUACUGAUUGGCUUUCAGCUUAUUCAUGUCAAGAAAAUCUAAUGUUUAGAUUAUUAUCCAAAGUUCAGCCUAUGGAAUCUUCAUCCACAUCUCUAGAUGAAAUUACAAUGAGAAAACAUAAUUCAGUCUAUGUACCAUAUACUUGUGUCAUAAUAAACGAGAAAUUACCUACUGUUAAUGGGAUACAGAAUUUAUCUUCCAGUAUUAAAAGUCUUGUCACAUUGCUAUUUUUUAUGAGUCCAUCUUCAUUUCAAAAUAAUUCUUCUAAUAAACAAGUUGGACAUCAUUUGCAUAUUUUGAUAGAUGAAAAACAAAGUGAGAAAAAUCAAAUUAAUGAGAUCACUACUCAUGCAGAUCUUUUUCUGAGUUUAUUGACAGAUUUACAUUUCACUUUCCAAGCCAUUUUUGAAUCAAUGAAUGAAGCUCUUAUACCACAGAAUGAAAAAGACAUUAUUGAGAUUGGAACUGUUUCUUCAUUGAUUACUUCUGCUAUGAUUGAAAGUCUAGAUGAUUUAAUUUGGCCUCAAGAUAUCAAUCAAGCUUGUAAUUUAUUUGAGGCAUUGUUCCAUCGUUUCUGUUGUUUACUUCAACAUGCUGAAAAUCAUGAACAUGUGGAGUUUUUGUAUCAAAUGUUAAGUCAAUUGCUAGGAAUCUUAGCCUUUUAUGCUAAUAAACUUGGGUCUACUAGAGAUCAUGAAAUAACAACUGCUCGAGAUGAAUUCAGUCGUUUAUUGCCAAUUUUAAAUAAGUUGGAACUUGUUAUCAACUCUAUAUCACACUCAAUGGGCAAUUCAACUUUAAAUCUUCUAAAAUGCAUUAAAGUUACAUUAGCCACACGUGGAGCUAUUCCUUGUCAUGAUUCUUUUUUAACUACGUCUGUAAAUAAUUUGUAUUUUACCAAAUGUAAUUUUGACAAAGUAGAAGCUGAAACCCAUCAAUCAGAGUGUCCUCAAAAAAUUAUCGAAGAAGUUACUAUCUCCAACCCCCAGAAUGUGCAGCAAUCUGUUUGCAGUCAGCUAGAGGAUCCAACUUUGAAAAAGAUUUUCGAAGAAUUACAUGAUCCUUUGAUUCCUGUCCAAGGUCAUGCAUUGAUUGUGCUUAGUCGAUUGUUGGAAUCCAGAGAUUCAUGUAUUUGGGGCCAUGAACAACUCAUAUUUGAAGUGAGUUUCUUUAAACUUCAUCUUUAUCCUUUGAUGUAGCUACACUAACCACUUAUACAAAGUCUUCGGGUGAAAUAAAGAGCUUUCAGGUGAUACAAUCUUUUGAAACGAAAGUGGUUUUCUAAAAUCCCGAAUUUAAAUUCUGAAGACCCUUAUCACUUUAAGACAAAAUGAUGGUUUUGAAUUUCAUUACUAUGUCACGUUAUUCUAGAAAUUCUAUCGAUAAACCAUGUCGUAAUCUUUCGGUUUGUAUGGAGCAUCUUUUCUACAGUUAUUUUAAAUUUGGUUCGAUUUACUAACUCUGAACCACAUUAGUUUUGUGGGGUUCGAUAGUGUUUGUUGUACCUUCAAGACGAACGUGUUCUUGGAUUGUAGUGUUUACCUGUAUAAUUACGCCAUUUGUUAUGGGAGCUGUUGUAUUGCUCAGUCAGACUAUCGAUUUAUUCGCCCAUAUUUCCCUUAAGAUUAGUAACCUUUGUGUCUAAUAACACAACAAACUUCUCUUAACCAAUGGCUCAGUUAUCGUAAACAGUUACAGUGUAAUGAAUGAAGUUCUGAGUAGCAAGCUGAUUUAUUGUAUUAUGCGAAAUCACACACUGCAUUUGUGAAAUAUGAAAACAAUACACUAAAUAUAUUAUUUGCCGAUCUUCCGCGAGUUGUCUCUACAAACUCCGUUGUUUUUUUCAUCCCUGUUUUUAUUUCGAUUACUCCCUGGUUUCCUUUCUCUUCAGUUUCCUCUCCUAUCCGUUAGAAGUCUACUCUCAAUGACUGAUAAAUACUGUUUAUAUCUGUCCGUACAAGUAGUACACACCGCCAUGUGCACCUUGUGAUCGGAAGACGAAGACAGCAAGUCGAUGGAUCCUUUACUGUACUUUAUUCAUCUAUCAGUCAAAACUGAUACAAUAAUCUACCUCAAUUACCUGAGUGCACAGCAAAGGAAACAAGAAAUUACAGUAUAUAUGCAACUCAGUCAUGAGUGAUACUAAAACUAAGCAAAUAUCUAGAGUAGUAAGAUUAAAGCUUACAGUACGAAAAUACAAAAAUACAACGAUCCGAGCGGCUCACAAUUACGCAGUGAAGAUAUAAAUAAUAUUUUUCCUUAGGCUAGUUCUGACAGUUCAAUCCUUCUCCAAUCCUCUUUGAUGAAACUGUACUACUCAAGUAUCUGAACCUAAUUAAAUGGAGGAGGACUCUAAUCCGUUAGUUGCAAAUCGAGUGGUUUUAAUAACUCAACCUCAGCAUUUAUUAUUGCGUACCUUUAAAACUAUCUGUCCAAUUUUAAAUCUCCCUCUUGUUUUUGCACUCACACAUAUGUGUGUAUACACAUACUGCUGAAACUGCUAUUUUCGAUUUAUCAUGUUAGACUUGGUAAUAAACUGAUUUAGUUAUUUGUGAUUUUUAGCACCGUUUAGUGUACUGCUGUUGAUUACAAGAUUAUAAAUUAUUUCAAUUGCUCUAAAUAACUAAAUAAAACAGGACCAAACAGUUAACUCAAUUGUUUUUCCAAUAAAUUUUAUGUUAUUUCGUAAAUAAACUCAUUUACGCACUAACAUUCGAUUUUUAAGUCACAACUAACUGGUCUGUAUCUCUUUUCUUUACCUAUAAUAAUUUCUCAUAGGUAAUUUUAAUGCUUCACUUUGUUUAUUCAUACAUAAAUUACAGAUAUUAUUGCGAUUAUUUGGUUACUAUUUUCAUAAUUCAUUGCAUACUGACAUGUAAUUCUGGUAAUUAAAUGAAUUAGGGAGGUGUUUACUGAUUAGAUCAGAUUUCAUUAAAUUAUCAUUAAGUUUAUAGCCUUUGGUAUUGUAAUCACCAAGGUAAUUCUAUCAGAGCCCUUUUUGGUUGUUGAAGUCAUUCAUCUUGAAGCUAACCAACGAUGAGAACAUCUUGAUCAUCAUAAAAAAUAUAAAUAAUGACGUACAAUCCUUACAUUUGAUUUUUGUUUGCUUGAUGUGAUUCCCAAUUUUCUACCGUUUAUUUUUUUCAAAUAUUUUGUUAAUCUAGGUUUUAACUAAAUAUUUGUCACAUACAGAUAGUUAUAUUUAUUUGAAUGCGAUUCGAUGCCUAUCAGCUAUGGGCUGUAUAUUAACGGACAAAGUAUUAAAUCUACUGUUAAAUCAAUUCACUAAGAGUGUGCAGACUACCAAUAAACCAGCAAAUUCUAUUGGUACCAUUGUCACUAGUACUACUGGCGAUUAUGAUAUUGAAUAUAAAUUGAAAUUAGCUGAAUCUAUAAUGCGUGUUUUGUCGAAUUUAGGUGAAAUGGCACCAAAGUAUCGAACAGAGGUGUUUAACUCUUUUGUCAUGGGAUCCAAGUCAUCUGAAGAGUUAAUACGAGCAGCUUGUCUUUCAAAUACUGCUGAGCUUGUUCGAUUGUUAAAAUAUUCUGUUCAACCAAUCAUUUAUGAGAUUUUGUUGUUGAUCGAAUUUCAUCUAUCUCAAGAUGUAUCAAUGUAGUUCGUAAAGCUUCAGCAUAUUUAGCACGCUCUUUAUUCUUACCAGAAACUAGUACCACCGAAUUACCCCCAUGGAUUCCAUCUGAUGUGAUUCGUGACCUUCAUAGGCUAUUGUCAACACGUCGAAUCAUUGAAAAGGACACAUCUGUACAGGAACAAAUUGAAUCAGCUCUUGCUCAAAUAGAUUUAUGUACACGAAAUACUGUGUUUUUAAAACCUGAUAGUCCAUCUAAUCUUGUAAAACAAAUACAUGUUUUAAACCCAUAAAGUUAUCUCUUAC